GUCCGUGUGCGUGUGUGUGUGUGUGCAUACUGUGUGAUCUCUCCUCUAGGCGGUUGGCGACCUAUCUGGACAGUGUGUGUCUUUUGUGUGUGUGUGUUCUGCAGGCAUUUUGUCACUAAGUUGGACAGUAUGAAGAAGACGGCGUGUGGAGAUGGUCAGUCUCGUUGUCUGCUGUGUGGAGAGACGUUUGGCCAGCAGGGAGUCACCUCUGUACUCUGUUCCCACUGCAAGAAGAUGUUGAAGCGUUCUGGAGCAUGGUUCUUUAAGGGCCAUCCCCAGCAGCUCCUCCCUGCUCCCCUGCCCAUCUCCAGGCCCAGAGGGACAGGUACAGAGAGCCCCCGUACCCAGACCCCUACCCAUGCCCAUCACCAGCCCAGCGCCCAGCCCUAUCCCCGUACCCAGCCAAGCUACCAGCCAGACCCUGGUGCCGAGGACUGCACAGAGCGGCAGGAGCAGCAGGAUAACUACUACUCCAACACACAGAACCAAGAGCCCACUGAUGAGCCCCCGUACUCCAGUUCAGAGCAACAGGACCCAGAGGGCUAUAGCUCUGCUCAGACAUUAGGGGGCGUUGCUGAGGCCCAGGUUAGCCCUGCCGUGGAGGAGGAGGUGGUGAAGAUGGAGAGACAGUUAGGGUCCAGACCUCCCACAGCCAGGGGAAGAGAGAACACACCAGCACCAGCUGACACUGUCACAGCACAGGCCCCUGCACCACAGAAGAGCAGAUACCCUCAGCAGAGAGAGGAGAGAACGCCACCUCCAGUCAGGGAGGAGAAACCCACUCCUGCCCCCAAACCCACCCCGGCACCACGCAUAGCCCCCGCUCCUGUCGAGGACGAUGACAACGAAUACGACUCUGAUGAAUCCACCACGCUGGGGUUGCUGGAGUUCAUUCUGCAUUAUGAACAGGAGAACAACGCUCUGCACUGCAACAUAGUCAAAGCCAAGUGUCUAAAGCCGAUGGACUCUAACGGACUAGCAGACCCCUACGUCAAGCUGCACCUCUUACCUGGAGCCAGUAAGUCUAACAAGCUGCGCACUAAGACCCUGAAGGGCACUCUGAACCCAGUGUGGAAUGAGACUCUGGUGUACCAUGGUAUCACUGAGGACGACAUGCAGCGCAAAACACUACGGCUGUCGGUGAGUGAUAUGGACAAGUUUGGACACAAUGAGUUCAUAGGAGAGACACGUGUUGCUCUGAAGAAACUCAAAGCCAACCAGAAGAAGAACUACAGCGUGUGUCUAGAGAGGGUGGUCCAGGUGAAGAAGACAGGCACAAGAGGCUCAGCCCGGGGCAUGUCUCUCUACGAGGAGGAGGUAAAGGAGGAUGAAGCAGAGGAGAGGGGUCGUAUCCUGGUUUCUUUAACCUACAGCACCCAGAAGGGUCGUCUGAUAGUGGGAGUGGUGCGCUGUGCUCACCUGGCAGCUAUGGACUCUAACGGAUACUCAGACCCCUUCGUCAAGAUCUGCCUGAAACCAGACAUGGGGAAGAAAGCCAAGAACAAGACCCAGAUCAAGAAGAAGACCCUCAACCCAGAGUACAACGAGGAGUUCAGCUAUGAGAUCAAACAUGGUGAGCUGGCCAAGAAGAGCCUGGAAAUCUCAGUUUGGGACUAUGACAUGGGAACAUCCAACGAUUUCAUUGGAGGGUGCCAGCUGGGCAUCACAGCCAAGGGGGAGUGUCUGAAGCACUGGUACGAAUGUCUCAAGAACAAAGACAAAAAGAUUGAGCGCUGGCAACGACAACACCGUCAAAGACACGGACGACUGAGACAUGACCUCUUCCUCCUCCUCCCGCUUCCUCUUCUUUCUCUUCCUCCUCCUCCCUCCUAACUAGCGGUUUCUAUCUUCCUUUUAAAUAUAAUAUUUUGUCUUCUAAUCAUCCAAUUGUUUUUAAAUGUAUUUAAAUUGUAAAGUAUUUUUGUCUGUAACGUUUUUUCGUUAUGUGUCGGAACCCAGGAAGACUAGCUGUCUCCAUUGGCGUCGGCGAAUGGGAUCCUAAAAAAAUCAUAAAUCAUAAUUUAGGUCUUCCUACUUUAAGUAAUGUGAACCUGAAUUAGCAGAAAAUUAAGGCUCUCACUAUUUUUACAACUUCAUUCUUCUUGUGCUGACAGAAUGCUUAUUGGAUUCAUGUACUUAUCAACACAUUAUUUACAGUGAAACAAAAAGAAACAGCAACAGAAUCAUACUUCAGAAUACCGUACUUCAAGCAUGCUUUACUGCUUCUGGGGGAAAGUGAUCUCUUUCACUUAUCUCUAAAACCUGGAAACCGGAUUUGAAUAAAUACGGUGCUAAAUUAUGGUUUAAAAAAUCCCUUUAGAUUGUUAAAUAAUGUGUUGCUACACCAUCCUUGCCUAUCUCAGUCUCAGGGAUGUAGCUCAGUUGGUAGAGCAUGGCGUUUGCAACGCCAGGGUUGUGGGUUUGAU